UAGUUCCCACUGCUCCCAACGGAUAUGAACUGAAAUACUAAGAAACCUUACUCUUAUCACCAACUUAAACACAAUCCUCAAAUUCUUGAUGAAAAUGGCGCAUUUAGCCAGCUUAAAUGGAAUCACCGAGACCCUUCCCGCUAUCCCAAAGCUUCCCACCAUCCGAAGAACCCGCAAAACAUCGAAAAUCAUCGGAUUUCUUGGCAAAAACACCUCAAACUUCCAUGGACAACCACCACUGCAAACUACCAGAAGAAUGGCAUUAGCCUUUGCCUCCAUUGCUCUUAUUGGAACUUCUACCAAUGGUAUCUCCCUUGCCGAAGAUAACGGCUAUUGGAUUACCGAUCUUUUACCCGUUCCUUCCGUCAAAAACACAGAGAUAACGAAUGCGGAUACCGGAACUCGAUCUUUCGUCAAGAAAGGACUGUAUGUGGCUAAUCUUAACACCAAGAACCGCAUGUAUAGGCUCAAGAAAUAUGCAUUUGAUCUUCUUGCAAUGGCGGAUUUGAUUGGACCAGACACUUUGAAUUAUGUUAAGAAGUAUUUGAGACUUAAAUCUACUGUUAUGUACUACGAUUUCGACAAAAUCAUCUCCGCCGCAGCCACUGAUGAUAAGCAACCUCUUAUUACCUUGGCUAACAGAUUAUUUGACAGUUUUGAAAAGCUCGAAGACGCUGCAAAGAUGCGUAAUCUGCCCCAGACGGAAUCAUGUUAUCAAGACACAAAAGUUAUUCUCCAAGAGGUCAUGGACCGAAUGGCCUAAAUCUGCUGCAUUUUCUUUGUCAAAUAUUGGCAAAAUCUAUAUGUUCCAACAUUGAUGCAGCUCAUUUGUCCUUAAGUACAUUAGCAUAUAUGAAAGGGAACAAAGAAAAGGGAUUAUGGUGUCUGUUUUCAUUUUGAUGGUAGGAAGCAAUUUCAGCAGAUUAUCAUGUUGUCCGGAUUUUUCAUUUUUAUUGAAGUGCUCAUUUCCAGUA